AUGAGGGCAUCAACGCCCACUACACACCAGCCAGAAUCGUUCCCAUCUCCAGUCCCAUCCAAGGACAGUGGAAGUGCUGCAGGAGAUGAAAGACGCAAGUCUUCUGAACCACACCAGCCAGAAUCGUCCCCAUCUCCAGUGCCAUCCGGGGACAGUGUAAGUGCUGCAGGAGAUGAAAGACGCAAGUCUUCUGAACCACACCAGGCAGAAUCGUCCCCGUCUCCAGUGCCAUCCGAGGACAGUGGAAGUGCUGCAGGAGAUGAAAGACGCAAGUCUUCUGAACCACACCAGCCAGAAUGGUCCCCAUCUCCAGUGCCAUCCGAGGACAGUGGAAGUGCUGCAGGAGAUGAAAGACGCAAGUCUUCUGAACCACACCAGCCAGAAUCGUCCCCAUAUCCAGUGCCAUCCGAGGACAGUGGAAGUGCUGCAGGAGAUGAAAGACGCAAGUCUUCUGAACCACACCAGGCAGAAUCGUCCCCGUCUCCAGUGCCAUCCGGGGACAGUGGAAGUGCUGCAGGAGAUGAAAGACGCAAGUCUUCUGAACCACACCAGGCAGAAUCGUCCCCGUCUCCAGUGCCAUCCGAGGACAGUGGAAGUGCUGCAGGAGAUGAAAGACGCAAGUCUUCUGAACCACACCAGCCAGAAUGGUCCCCAUAUCCAGUGCCAUCCGAGGACAGUGGAAGUGCUGCAGGAGAUCAAAGACGCGAGAUUCCAGACCAAGUUAUUUAUCACUGUUUGUGAUUUUUUUAAAAC